GGCACAGAGCUGGCAGUUGGAACAUCUUAUAGCUGCAUGCUGCCCGAGAUCAAGUACUGCAGAUUGUUCCAUGUCACAACUUCAGAACUAUUGGGGAGUAUACCAGUACGGUGUGACGCAUGUUCUGGAUGCCGUCUCAGAGAUGGAGUCGAUGGAAGCAAGAACACUUCUUCCUGACCCAGCCAGUGAAUUUGAUCGGAACGUUCCACGUAUCUGUGGUGUCUGUGGAGACAAAGCUACUGGCUUUCAUUUCAAUGCCAUGACGUGUGAAGGCUGCAAAGGAUUUUUUAGGAGGAGCAUGAAAAGAAAAGCAAUGUUCACGUGUCCAUUCAACAGUGACUGCAAAAUCACCAAAGAUAACCGGCGGCAUUGCCAAGCCUGCCGGCUGAAGCGUUGUGUGGACAUAGGCAUGAUGAAAGAAUUCAUUCUGACAGAUGAGGAGGUCCAGAGGAAGAGAGAGAUGAUAACGAAGCGGAAGGAGGAGGAGGCUCUUAAAGAGAGCAUGAAGCCCAAAUUAUCAGAGGAGCAGCAAAGAGUCAUUGACAUUCUUCUCGAGGCCCAUCGCAAAACUUAUGACUCAACCUACUCUGACUUCACCCAGUUCCGUCCUCCGGUGAGAGCCAACUCAAGCAAAAGAAUAACUAGAUCGUCGUCGGUCCUAACGCACGGCUCCUCAUCAGAAGACUCUUCAGAUACCUUCAGCUGUUCUCCAGAGUCUGUAGAGAACAGAAUGUUUUCCAACAUGGCACUCAAUGAGGACUCUGACAAAAGCCCUCCCGUGGACAUUAACCUCUCGCACCUCUCCAUGCUACCUCACGUGGCUGACCUCGUCAGCUACAGCAUACAGAAAGUGAUUAGCUUUGCAAAAAUGAUUCCAGGGUUCAGGGAUCUGACAGCAGAGGACCAGAUUGCCUUACUGAAGUCCAGCGCCAUUGAAAUCAUUAUGCUUCGUUCAAACGAGUCGUUUUCCUUGGAGGAUAUGGCAUGGUCAUGUGGAGGCAAUGAAUUCAAGUACCAAAUCAAUGACGUUACCCAAGCUGGUCACAACCUGGAACUGCUAGAACCACUUGUGAAAUUUCAGGUUAGCUUAAAGAAGUUGAACCUUCACAUAGAGGAGCAUGUGCUCCUGAUGGGCAUCUGCAUCCUCUCCCCUGACCGCCCUGGCUUGCAGGACACUUCUCUGGUGGAGUCCCUCCAAGACCGCCUUUCCGAAGUCCUGCAGACCUACAUUCUGUGCAAACACCCUCCCCCGGGCAACCGCUUACUCUAUGCCAAGAUGAUCCAGAAGCUGGCAGACCUGCGGAGCCUGAAUGAGGAGCAUUCCAAACAGUACCGCUGCCUUUCCUUCAAGCCAGAGCACAGCAUGCAGCUCACCCCACUGGUCCUUGAGGUUUUUGGCAAUGAAAUCUCCUGACUUCAGACACAGGACAGCACACCCAGAAAUAAAGGGAUAAGUCAGCCCGGUGAGCGGAAGGGUGUGACCCUUAACCAGGGUUUGUAUAUAGACACCGUUUAGUUUCACACUACUGGAUAGGACUGUGUUUUCUGCACAUCUUCAGUCACUUGGUUUGGCUUGCUGCAGAGCAGCAGCCAACCCAGCUAAGCUGCUUUUUUUUCCCAGCGAGUGGCUUUUCCACUUGCCUUUCUUCUGUAACCAGCUCACAUAUCCCUUCAUGGCUGUUUCAAGGCUGCCUUCAGACUGGGGCCUUCUUGAAACAACCACUUUUUUUGGGCUUGGUUUACAAAGUAAAAACUGAAAUGUCAGGCCACUAGUCGGGAGGAAAUGACUGAGAUUUCAUGUGUGAGCAUAGAAUUCAGGGCUUCAAUGAACCCCUAAUGCUGUAUGUGGAGGGAGAACAAUUCUCUAGUUACUCCUAUCCCUGCCUAAAGCCUCUGCCCAAGUGCUGUUGGCGCACAAUUGCUGGCUCAUUCCACCCCAGAGCUGGCUGAAUGAUCCCAGCAUAUGCCCCCACCCGCUCCACAACUGACUGCAAAGUAUAGAAAUAUCUUCGUCUCCAGAUAAAUAGGAAAAUGCACUUAGGGAACAAUUCCUAUAUCUCUGAAAGAAAUCUCCAUUUGCCCGUUGUGUAGAAGCUGAAGAUCUCAGAAGCAAUGACACAUUGUGGUUUGUGUCCCCCUGUUAAUGUGACAGGAAUGAAUGGAUAUUUGUAAGGUUUCUAGUCUCUCGGGUGCUUUGAGAGGUGUAGCCAGACUGGAAGUGGUCUGUGUGAUAGAGUGAAGACUGUCUCUUGUGCUCCCAGGAUGAAUAGCUAAAAGCAUGAAAAUCCAUGCUAAUCAACAUGCUGUACCAUUUUUGUUUCAAUGUUGAUGUUGCCAGCUGUUGAGGUGAGACAUCGGAUAAUCACUUGGGAACAAAAGAUCUCUUUCAGCCUGUGGGGUGGCCAGUGGGGUGGCUUCCAGGCCUUGGAGUCUGCUGGACAGUUAUCAAAUAGCUUCUUAACAGAUUGUUUGCCAAGCCUGUUUAAAUAUGCAACAUCUUGGAAAAACUCAGUAAGAAUCAAGUGGGGAAAGAUUAAUCUCAUAUUUUCCUGCCCUGAAAUGUCCUGUUUGCAGCAAGAUUUCAGUCUUUACGAAAGGAGUCCUAGUUUCUUAGAACUAAGAAAUAAGGCAGGGGCAAAGCAGCCUAUAAGCUGUGCAUAGCAUUGCAUCACAGUCAAUUAAGACCUGAGAUGAGGCCAGUCUUUCAUCCUGAGUUCUCCAGAGUUUUCCUGUGCUAUGUAGGAGUCCUGCUCUCAAUGCACUACAGGACACAAACUCCUUGUGCUAGGCCCUGUACAAGCAUAGGAAAUGAUAGGGGCUAGCGAUCGCAUCCAUUUUGGAGAGAAGCAGGUAUACACUCCGGGGCCUCCAAUAACAGCAGGUCAAGCGCUGUGAAGAGGACAGGAACGAUUGCAGAAAAAUCUGCCAGCCAAGGAAAACCAAACAACGCAAGAGCAAAGAAAAUCCCUCUGGUUCAGUCCCUCGUGUGUCAGUUGUUGGGUGCACAGAGGACAUUUGGGGUCAGGUUCUGUUUUUGUACUAGGAAAAUUACUUUCCAUCUGCUAAUGUGCUGCCACUGCCGUCUUUGUAAACAAGUUGCUCAUUUUCCUAAUGCUAAAGAAUCAGAGUUGGGCUUUGAAGCUCUGUGUUCGUGCUCCUCUGUUGGGUGGCUACAGCAUGGCAAUGGUGUUGCUUUCUCUGUCUUUUGCACUAAUGUAGGAAAGUUUGUGUUGCACUUUAGUUGACCCUAUACAGUUCUCAGGAAGUUGCCAGUUUCCUUUUUUUAAAAAAAAGUUAUUUCAUAAUUCUAGAAGAAACUCAGUCUGCAGUACUCACUAACUGGUGAUUUCAGAGAUCAGGGAUGCCACAAAUAUAUUCUUAUGGGUUAUGUGAAAUCAGGGUAUUUCUCUUGUUUAAAUUAUGCUUUUGCUCUGAUUCCUGUGUAUUGACUUACGCCUGAAAUGCCAACUGUCUCCGCUGUGCUCACUGCCCCACGGCUCUGCAAGAGGGAGCCCUAAAUAAUGAUGUUUAAUAAAAUGACUUGAUUAAAUAUAAAGAGGCAAACUUCAUUACUGAGUAAACUUUCCAAAAAGCUGAAGUUGAGAUUGGCAUAGGGAUCUGACAUGUCAUCCACUUUUUAGGCAUCUCAGUACUUGAAUGUCAUUUUACAAAUGCAUAGUUCAAAUGCAUGUCUGUACACAGGGCCGGCGCUUCCAUUUAG